UAGAUCUCUCGUUGGGAAGGAACAAGCGACAUGGCUCUUCGAUUGGCAACCGUGGCCAAGAGGGCCCUGGCGGCACCAGUGGCCGCUGGACGGUCUAGCUUCCACGCCUCUGCCCUGGCCCAGGCAGGCUCCGUCGGGCGCGUGACCCAGGUCAUCGGUGCCGUUGUGGACGUGCAGUUCGACAAGGACCUGCCUCCCAUCUUCAACGCCCUGGAGGUGAACGUGGCCGAUGGUGCAUCGCGACUGGUGCUGGAGGUGGCACAGCACCUGGGAGAGAACACCGUGCGCACCAUCGCCAUGGAGGCCACCGAGGGGCUCACUCGUGGACAGGGGUGCACGGACACCGGCGCGCCUAUCAUGGUGCCCGUGGGUCAGGAGACUCUCGGACGCAUCAUGAACGUGAUCGGGGAGCCCGUGGACGAGAGGGGCCCAAUCAACUCCAAGGCCAAGGCGCCUAUCCACAACUCCGCCCCCACCUUCGAGGAGCAGGGCAAGAGCCAAGAGAUCCUCGUCACCGGAAUCAAGGUGGUUGACCUCCUGGCCCCGUACGCCAAGGGCGGAAAAAUCGGUCUGUUCGGCGGUGCCGGUGUCGGGAAGACCGUGGUUAUCAUGGAGCUCAUCAACAACAUCGCCACCAACCACGGUGGUUUCUCCGUGUUCGCCGGCGUGGGGGAGCGCACCCGCGAGGGUAACGACUUGUACCACGAAAUGAUCGAGGGUGGCGUUAUCAAGAUCACCGAGGACUCUACCAAGGGCUCCAAGGCCACCCUGGUGUACGGGCAGAUGAACGAACCCCCGGGUGCCCGUGCCCGUGUGGCCCUGACCGGCCUCACCAUCGCCGAGUACUUCCGGGACGCCGAGGGACAGGACGUGCUUCUUUUCGUGGACAACAUCUUCCGUUUCACCCAGGCAGGAGCCGAGGUGUCGGCGUUGCUGGGACGUAUCCCCUCCGCCGUGGGGUACCAGCCCACUCUCGCCACCGACAUGGGUAUGCUCCAGGAGCGCAUCACAUCCACGAACAAGGGAUCCAUCACCUCCGUACAGGCCGUUUACGUGCCUGCUGAUGACCUUACCGACCCGGCGCCGGCCACGACCUUCGCUCACUUGGACGCCACCACCGUGCUCUCGCGUCAGAUCGCCGAGCUGGGUAUCUACCCGGCCGUGGACCCCCUCGACUCCACCUCUCGGAUGCUUGACCCCCGCGUCAUCGGCGACGAGCACUACGAGACUGCCCGUGCCACGCAGAAGCUGCUCCAGGACUACAAGGGCCUUCAGGAAAUCAUCGCCAUCCUGGGAAUGGACGAGCUCUCGGAAGACGACAAGCUGACGGUGGCGAGGGCCCGCAAGGUGCAAAGGUUCAUGUCGCAGCCCUUCACGGUGGCGGAGGUGUUCACCGGCACCAAGGGGGUGUUCGUGUCGCUGGAGGACACCAUUAAGGGUUUCCAGGAGAUCCUGUCGGGGGCGCACGACGACCUCCCCGAGGGCGCCUUCUACAUGGUGGGAGACAUCGCUUCUGUCGGCGUCAAGGCCAAGCAACUCGCGGAGAGCGCCAACUAAGGCUAGGGCUGCCUUUUGGUCGGUGGUUGGAAGAGCUUGCUACACGAAGUCUGAGAAGCGUUUUGGAGGGGGCUUCAGCGCCGCUCGUUUCACCAAUUCGCUUGUCGCGUGUUGAGGAAGGGUCGUCUUUCGCAGCCGCUCUUGUGGUUUGGUUGCCCUUUGGCAACGACUUGAUGGACGUCGGGCGAGAGAGUGGGUUGCAGCAUUGUACCGAUGGGUAUAGUAGCUCUUUUGGCUGAUGGGUUUUGUCGGGCAGCACGUGUCGAAUCAUGUUUUUUUGUCAUGGUUUCGCGCGUGUUGGAAUAGUAAUAGUCGGUUGCCCUUUUUGUCGAAGGACGGAGGGUGCGAUGCACGUGGUUGGCGUGGAGGUAGGAGGCGGGAUGGCACGAGGAUGAGAAAGCGGAUAAGAUGGAAGAAAUCGAACUGGCGAUGCUGUGGCAUGAUGUGGCUAUCCAAAUCUUCGCACACAUGGGAUCAAGCGGUACUCACUCAAUAUACCCAAUACCAGUAUACGGGAGUACAAUCGGCAUUUGCAACUGCUUUCUCAGCGGCAGCAGCAGCAGCGAUAACAUUUCAUCGAGCACUCAAAACGGAGCUUAGCGUGUUCACCGUCCGGUCGAGGUGUUGGUAUUGGGAUUCGACGCCAACUCCGACGCGUGUUUGCGUUUGUUCCCAUCUUUUCUUGACAACGAGCGAGGUGAUAAUCGCUUAGAAUGUCUACUGCUGUAAUGAUGGUGGCUCCUAAUGGAUCGGAAUGGAGGACGCGUCCAUCGUGCCUGCAGCGCAAGGAUCAUGUCGUUGUUCCCGCGUCUCCGCCUGGCCGAGGCCUGCGUGACAAAUCAGAACCCGCCACAGCG